AUGACUUUGAUUGUCGGUAUUGAUAUAGGGUGGUAUACCGUCAAGGCUUGUUAUUAUAAUCCAUUAACAAAGUCAAUUGACACUGUUAAUUUUACGAAUAAGGCUGAGUGUUUAAUGAACUUCAAAUGGAGACAAGGUUUAGUUUUGACAAACGAGAGUUUUUCAUUGAGGAAUAUUAUCACUCCAAAAGAGGUGAUGGGAAAAACGUUAGAACAAAUUAAAGAUAGUGUUGAGGAACGUAAAAUCUCUGAUGUAAAAGUUGACACAGACAACAAACAAUUUAAUUUUUUUAUUAAAAAAGAUAGAAUAACUAAUCAAUUUAUUGGAUUAACAGAAGUGAUAGGACAUUGUCUUAAAGAAGUAUACUGUCUACUUGAACAGUCUAACAUACCUAUUGACAGUCAAUCAAUAUUUUUAGUUUCUAUUCCACAUGAAGCAAAUGAAAUAUACGAAGAGCAAAUGACAAAAGUUAUUGAAUAUUUCAAAGAAGAAAAAGAAGUUCAAAAUGUUUUUAUAAAAGAUGAAAUGCAAGCAGCAGCACUAUCAAAUCCUCUUGAUGAAAAUGAUGACAGUGAUAAAAUAAUAAUGGUCAUUGAUUAUGCUAAACAAAAGGUGAAUGUCUGUCUAAUUCAAGUAACAAAAACAGAAGAAAAAAUUAUAGGUUUCAAAAGAAAUGAAACGGUUAGUGGAAAAACUAUUGAGGAUAAAAUUAUAGAAAGAGUUAAAAAUGAUCCUCAAUUACAAGAGUAUAAAGAAAUGUUUGAAAAAAAAUCAAUAAGGCUAAAACUUAAAAAUAAUCUUUACCAAUACAUUUUUGGUAAAGGUAAGUUAAUAAUUUCUUUAAAGGGUAUUACUUAUAAAAACGCAAAAGAUAAUAACUCGUCAUUAACUACUUUUGAAAUUUCAGAAGAAGAAUUUAAUAAAAUGAUUGAAAGUGAUAUUGAGAAAAUUCAAGAAAUGAUAGAAGGAUUAUGUGAGUCAUGCAAAAUAGAAAAAUCUAAAAUAAAUAAUGUUUUAUGUAUUGGAGGAUAUUCUCAUAUACAGUCUUUCAAAAAUAUGAUAAAUUUUAUGUUUCAAGAUUCUCAAUUAGAAUUAAAUAGCUCAUUUGAUAAUAAACAUGCAAUUGCAUAUGGACUUGUUAUGACUCAAUUAAAACAUAUGAAAAAAAAAUUAAUAACUGCACCAUUUUCUAUUGGAAUUGAAGGAAGAUUUGGAAAAAUAAUAUUUUUAGUAGAAAAAGGAAAUGAAUUACCACAUCAAAAAGAUUUAACAGUAAAUGUAAAUGAAAGUAAAAUUACAAUUCCUUUAUACUUCGGAGAGUUUGUGGUAGCUAAUGAAUCUAAAAAAGUAAAUAAUUUAGUCUUAGAACUUCCUUCUGAAAUUAAAUUACCAGCAACAAUUCAAUUAUAUUGUCAUUUGUAUAAAGAUGGACAAUUAAAAAUAGAAUGGAAUCAAUCACAAGAAAAAGCUAAAAAAACUGUUUUUGAUAUAAAUCUUCUUAGCAUAAAAGAAGAAGAAUUAUCUUCUAAAGAAGAAACUAUUUAUAUUAAAAGAAAUGAAAUUCGUGUGAAACUAAAAUUAAAAAAAAUAUAUGAUAAUAUGAGAAAUACUAUUGAACAUUCUGAUGUUAAAGAAAAAUAUGACUCACUCCCAAUUUUUGAAUUUAACUCUAAAAUCAAUGAAAUAGAAUGUGUUCUGAAUAAAAUUUGGGAAAUUUUUUGUAAGGUUGAAGUAAAUAAAGAACAUAUAGAUCUCAUAAAAACUGAAAUGGAAUCUAAUAACAUCAUAAAGAAAGAGCAAUAA